AUGGCUGCCAAUAAGUUGGACAUGAGCUUGGAUGACAUAAUUAAACAGAACAGAUCAUCACAAAGAGGAAGAAGUAGUAGUAGAGGUGGAAGGGGAAGUUUCCGUGGAAAUAGAGGCCGUGGUGCCGGUGGACAAAACAAAAGAGGCGGCGGGACUCCAGGAGUGUUCAGAGGAGGAGUGAACAGAAGACGCAGUGGAACUGGCGGCACUUUUAACCAGCGGAGUCGUGAGGUCCCAGAUGUCUGGCAGCAUGAUAUGUAUGAUGGAAGUUCAGUACCAGCACGCCGAGGUGGUGGAGGAGGAGGAGGGCUGGGAGGUCCAUCUCCAGGAGGAUCAGGAAAACUAUUGGUUUCAAAUCUUGACUUUGGGGUCAAUGACUCUGAUAUACAGGAAUUGUUCUCAGAAUUUGGACCCCUUCAGAAGGCAGCAGUACACUUUGACAGAUCUGGCCGAUCCUUAGGUACCGCUGAAGUUAUUUACCAAAGACGUACAGAUGCAGUGAAAGCACUGAAGCAAUACAACAAUGUCCCUCUUGAUGGUCGACCCAUGAACAUACAAUUGGUAGGCGCAGCACCAUUAGGGAACACAAGUUCACGACUUGGAACACGAGGUGGUGGCAGCAACAGACCUGCAAGGGGAGGAGGAGGAGGAUUUCGUGGAGGUAAUAGAGGUGGAAGAGGUCGUGGUGGACGCGGACGAGGACGCGAAAAGAAAGACAUCAGCGUUGAAGAGCUCGAUGCACAGCUGGAUGCCUAUAAUGCUAAGAUGGAUACCAGUUAA